AUGAUUUUGCCUAUCAUUGUUGCCAUGAUGGUCUUCAUCGGAAACACACUACAAGCAUAUCUAGCUCCUCGGUGUCAUCCAUAUAGCAAUAGGGAUAUAAUUUGCCAACCUUCCAGCACCAAAGUUCUGGACGUGCCAAAGCCGAUAAAUAAUGGGCGAUUCGAAAGAUUCGAAGUGGUUGGAAGACAAUGGAGGCUUCCCCAGAUAAGUCCAUCAAGGAGACAUUCUUUAUUGUAUCAUGAAAAGUACUCAAAGCUUAAAUUUGAAAAACAAAAAAGAUUCAUAAAGUUUAUACCAAUGAUGGUGUUCGAAGCCCUUAGAGUAGCUGUUGCUGCUAUAAGGGAUAGGACAACA